CUAGUCUAGAGCCUUGUAGGAGGGUCAAUGUAUAAUGUAAGGUACUAAGGCCACCCUCAACAUUUUUUUUCUCUCCUCCAACACAUUGCUUCAACUCUCUCAUGCUAUUUCAACACUUGUUUAAAACCAAACCUUCUUUCCCAAUUCUCUCUGAGAACACAUAAUCUCUCUUUCUCUUCCACACCAAAAAAGGAGAGAGAUUCUAAUUUCUAAAAUCUAAUAAACCAUCAUGAAGAGCACAAACACCAACACAAAACUCAUCCUCCUCCACCCUUAUAUCCAAAAACAAGGAAGCUCCAAUCGCUUGUGGCUUCUAGCAUUCAUAUCAAUCCUCACCCUCGCUUUUCUCGUUACCCUAAUUUAUACAAGAGAAUCCACCUUCAUCACCGCUGCCACUUCUUCUGUGAUUCCCUCUUCAAAUAAUGCUCCAGUUUCUGGUUUUGGAAGUGCUCCUUUGCCAGCAACAGUGAUCAACACUCUCCUUCACUAUGCCUCAAAAUCCAACGACACGUUCCACAUGCCACACUCAGACCUCAAACCCAUCUCCGACGUGCUUCGGAAAUGCUCCUCUCCAUGCAACUUUCUCAUCUUCGGCCUCACACCAGAAACCCUUCUCUGGAAAGCCCUCAACCACAAUGGAAGAACGGUUUUCAUCGACGAAAACCGCUACUACGCCGCGUAUUACGAAGAACUGCACCCAAAUAUCGAUGCUUAUGAUGUUCAAUACACCACCAAAAGGAGCGAGAUGAAGGAGCUCAUAGCUUCAGCGAAAGAACAAGUGGCCAACGAGUGCAAGCCGGUGCAGAAUCUUCUUUUCUCGGACUGCAAACUGGGCCUCAAUGACCUCCCAAACCACGUGUACGAGAUUGACUGGGACGUCAUUUUGGUCGACGGGCCACGCGGAGAUUGGCCCGAUGCUCCUGGCAGAAUGUCGACAAUCUUUACCGCCGGCAUUCUCGCCAGGAGCAAAAAGGGUGGGAACCCUAAGACUCAUGUUUUCUUGCAUGACUUCUCUGGGGAAGUGGAGAAGGUUUGUGGGAGUGAGUUUCUUUGCAAUGAGAAUUUGUUGGAGGCAAAUGGGAAUUUGGGGCACUAUGUGUUGGAAAGGAUGGAUGAGAAUAGUGUGCAGUAUUGUAACAAUCACUCGUCUUCAUCAGGGGCUGCUUCAUCAACAUAAUUAGUUAUUGCUACUCUCAGAAUCGUGUUAGUCGCAAUUGUUUCGUCGUUAUCAUCCUUUUCUUUUCUUUUUUUCAAUUGCUACAUUUUGUUUACUUUAUGGCUGGAGCCUUUAAAAAAAUAAUUCUUUUUUGCUUUUGCCUUUCCAUUUUAUUGCUCUGAAAGUUGUAAUUUCCUCUGUGAAUUCAAAUAUCCAAAUUUCAAUUGAGGAUAAUUAAUGUCAAUCAAUACAAGAGAGACAUAGAUUUUUUUUA